AUGCUGCAAUCUCUCGGCCCGAAGCCUCAAUUCAAGUUUGCUGCUGCCAAAUUCGAUGCGGCGCUGUGCGAGCGAAUGGCCGCCGCCUCAAGGAGAAUUCCCUCAGUUCAAAUUGGGAACUUGCCGCAGCAGCAGCAGCAGCAGCAGCGGCAGGAGCAGCAGCAGCAGCAGCUGCAGCAGCAGCAAAAUGGGUAUCGGCUCCCCCGGAAACGGCAGCGCUGCACGGAGAGCAACUGA